AUGGACUUCAAGAUUGGAAUUAUCGGAGGAACUGGUCUUGAGGACCCAAAAAUAUUUAGCAAUACAGAGAAACACAAAGUGAGUACACCAUUUGGUUCUCCAUCAGAUGUUCUGAUCGAAGGGAAAGUAGACGAUAUCACUUGUAUUCUUCUGUCACGUCAUGGUCGUGGACAUGACAUAUCCCCAACAAAUAUUAAUUAUCGAGCAAAUUUGUGGGCUCUUAUGCAACAGGGAGCAAAGGUCAUUCUGUCUACUGCGGCAUCUGGAAGUUUAAAAGAAGAACUCACACCGGUUCUAUAUGUUCCUAAUCUGUUGUUUGAUUUCGGAACUUUCAAACGCGAAGUAACAUUCCAUGAUGGUAAGGAUGGCCAUCCAAAAGGUGUCUGUCACAUUCCCAUGCACCCUGCAUACAAUGAGAAACUAAGACAGGUCCUGAUCUCAUCCGCAGAAGAACUCAAAUAUAAGUUUUUCAAAACCGGAACUGCACUAUGCAUCGAGGGGCCGCGAUAUUCUUCUCGAGCUGAAAGUGAAGUGUAUCGAGGCUGGAAUGCUGAUAUUAUUAACAUGACUGUUUGCCCAGAAGUUUAUCUGGCAAAAGAAUUGGGUAUUCCGUUUGCAACAACUGCUAUUUUAACGGAUUAUGAUUGUUGGAGAGAUGGCGAGAAGGUAUCGGUUCAUUUGGUGGAUCAAAGGAUGCGAGAAUGUUCGGAUAAAGCUAAAACUCUCUUCGUUACAGCAAUCAAAAAAAUUGGAGCAAUGCACUGGGAUGAUGAAAUAAUGGAAGCUAAGAAAACAGCUCGAGCGGGGGUGAUGGUUGACGAGCAUGUAGUCUUCGAUCAUUUGAAAUAUUAA